AAAUGCACUACCUGCACCAGCCUACUGGCGACCGGCUGAAGAUCGAGGCUUGGCCAAGCCAGUUCACCCAAGUUGUCUCAUCUAAUACCCCCCCAAACCCCUGUGAGGCCGGGCCUGCCGGCCUUUAGGUGCCGCGUUGUUUUGAGGCCUCGGCCAUGCCUGCCCACGAGGAAGGCCCCUGAAGCUCGCCUGAAGGAAGAAGCAUGCAGGGCGCCCCUGGAGGAGGCGUGGGCCCUGGCCCGUCCCCUGUGGACAGGUGGAUGCUCCUGGUCUUCAGCUUUAUUCUGGCAGCAGCUUUGGGCCAAAUGAAUUUCACAGGAGACCAGGUUCUUCGAGUCCUGGCUAAAAAUGAGAAGCAGCUUUCAGUUCUCAGGGACCUGGAGGGCCUGAAGCCCCAGAAGGUGGACUUCUGGCGUAACCCAGCCAGGCCCAGCCUCCCUGUGGAUAUGAGAGUUCCUUUCUCGGAACUGAAAGACAUCAAAGCUUACCUGGAGUCUCACGGCCUUGCUUACAGCAUCAUGAUAAAGGACAUCCAGGUGCUGCUGGAUGAGGAGAGAGAAGCCAUGGCAAAGUCCCGCCGGCUGGAGCGCAGCACCAGUAGCUUCAGCUACUCCUCUUACCACACCCUGGAGGAGAUAUAUAGCUGGAUUGACAACUUUGUAACUGAGUAUUCAGAUAUUGUCUCAAAAAUUCGGAUUGGCCACAGCUUUGAAAAUCGGUCCAUUCUUGUCCUGAAGUUCAGCACUGGAGGUUCUCAGCGCCGGGCCAUCUGGAUCGACACUGGAAUCCACUCCCGGGAGUGGAUCACCCACGCCACUGGCAUCUGGACUGCCAAGAAGAUUGUCAGUGAAUAUGGCAAAGACAGCACCCUGACAAACAUACUGAAUGCCAUGGACAUCUUCAUGGAGAUUGUCACCAACCCUGAUGGGUUUGCAUUUACCCACAGCAUGAACCGCCUGUGGAGGAAGAACAAGUCCACCAGACCUGGAGUCUUCUGCAUUGGUGUGGAUCUUAACAGGAACUGGAAGUCAGGCUUUGGAGGAAAUGGUUCUAAUGACAACCCCUGCUCAGAGACUUAUCGUGGGCCCUCCCCUCAGUCGGAGCCUGAGGUGGCGGCCAUUGUGGACUUCAUCACUGCCCAUGGGAACAUCAAGGCUCUGAUCUCCAUUCACAGCUACUCUCAGAUGAUCAUGUACCCUUAUGGCCACUCACUGGAGCCGGUUCCAAACCAGAAGGAGUUGUACAAUCUUGCCAAGGACGCAGUGCAGGCCCUGUAUGAGGUCCACGGGAUCGAGUACAUUUAUGGCAGCAUCAGCACCACCCUCUAUGUGGCCAGCGGGAUCACUGUCGACUGGGCCUAUGACAGUGGCAUCAAGUACUCCUUCACCUUCGAGCUCCGGGACACGGGGAGCUAUGGCUUCCUGCUGCCGGCCUCCCAGAUCGUCCCCACGGCCCAGGAGACGUGGCUGGCGCUUCGCGCCAUCAUGGAGCACACCCUGAAUCACCCCUACUAGCAACACCACUCAGGGCAGAGCAGGAGCAUUCAUUCCCUUCCCCAAGGCCUGGGGCUCCUCCUGAAACCCAAGUGAUACAUGGUCCUCCCCACACCCUUACCCUGACCCCUUAGGAAAUAAAUAACAAGUUUGAACAGGC